AUGGUAAAUUAUAUGAUAGCAGUGGAUGAAGGAAGUAAUACUGAACAUUCAAUCAAAGAAAUUAUUAAUCAUGUAUUUCAAAAAGAUAAGGAUUUGUUAUACCUAAUUUCUGUAGCAGAGGAUCCAAUUACAUUCCCAUCGUCCGCAAUUUCUGCGGUUGUUGUUUCAGAAACAUUGAAAGCAAUUGAGAGAAAACACAAAUCAAUUUUAAUAAACAGAGCUAAUUUAUGUAAAAAUUUAGGUGUUCAAAAUGUUAAAGCAUUGUUAGGCCAUGGAAAUCAUGUUGGAGAAGCUGUAAUUAAAGCAGCAGUUGAAAAAGAUAUUCACUAUCUAGUAGUUGGAAGAAGAGGAAUUGGACCAAUCAAAAGGAUAUUCAUUGGCUCAACUUCUCGUUACAUCCUUGAACAUGCAAAGUGUAAUGUAAUCUGUAUCAAAGACGAUUCAAAUGCUAUUGAUCAAGCACCUUCAUCAAAUGACUCUUCCUCAAGACACAUUGAUAUCAAUGAAAGUAUAGAUGAUAAUAAAGAAACUGACACUUACAAUGAUUUUGAACAUUUGCACUUACACGUUUAA